CUCCUUCCUUCUCACGAGCCACGACCUCAUUCCCAGCAUGUCCGCCCCCGCUCCCUCCUGGCAAUCAUGGCAAUCUCCCCUCUCCGGGAGGUAUGCCUCCAAGGAAAUGUCCUCUCUCUUCUCCAACGCGACCCGCUUCGGAACUUGGCGUACCCUCUGGCUCAACCUCGCAAUCGCUGAGAAGGAGCUCGGCCUCCCGAUUCCAGAUGCUGCCAUCGAGGAGAUGAAGGCAAACCUGGAGCUGGACGACGAGCAGAUGAAGAUGGCUGCCGAAGAGGAGAAGAAACGCAGGCACGAUGUCAUGGCUCAUGUGCACGUGUUCGGUACCAUGUGCCCGACGGCUGCCCCUUUCAUUCACCUGGGAGCUACUUCAUGCUACGUCACCGAUAAUGCCGACCUCAUCUUCCUCAAGCGCGCCUUCGACCUCGUCAUCCCCAAGCUCGCAGUCACCAUCUCCCGUCUCGCCGCCUUCGCUGAACAACAUCGCGCUCAGCCAACCCUCGGCUUCACGCACAUGCAGCCCGCUCAGCUAACGACGGUAGGCAAGCGUGCUUGUCUCUGGAUCCAAGAACUGCUUUGGGACCUCCGCAACCUCGAGCGAGCCCGCAACGACCUCGGCUUCCGCGGAGUCAAGGGUACCACGGGCACGCAAGCCUCAUUCCUGUCCCUCUUCGACGGUGAUCAUGCCAAAGUCAAGGCCCUCGACAAGCGCGUGACUCAGCUCUGCGGUUUCGGCUAUGCCUACCCAGUAACCGGCCAGACGUACUCUCGCAAAAUCGACGUCGACGCUCUCAACGCUCUCGUCUCCUUCAGCACCUCGGCACUCAAGAUGGCGACAGACAUCCGCCUGCUCUGUCACCUGAAAGAGGUCGAAGAGCCCUUUGAGAAGGACCAGAUCGGUUCGUCCGCCAUGGCAUACAAGCGCAAUCCCAUGCGCUCAGAGCGUGUCUGCGGUCUCGCGAGGUGGCUGGGCAAUAUGGCCAACUCGGCACGUGAGACUGCUGGCAGCCAAUGGAUGGAGCGUACGCUCGACGACUCAGCGAAUCGCCGCCUGACGCUGCCCGAGGCAUUCUUGACGACGGACGUCAUUCUCACAACUCUGCAGAACAUCACGGAAGGCCUCGUCGUGUACCCCGCCAUCAUCAAUCGCCGUAUUGCCGCCGAGCUCCCCUUCAUGGCGACGGAAAACGUCAUCAUGGCCAUGGUUCGCGCAGGUGGGGACAGGCAGGUGUGCCACGAGGAGAUUCGUGUGCUCUCCCACCAGGCAGCAAAGGUCGUCAAGGAGGAAGGCGGGGACAAUGACUUGAUUGAGCGCAUCAGAAAGUCAGAGUACUUUGCGCCUGUACAUGCUAAGCUGGACGAGCUGUUGGACCCAACGACCUUCGUGGGAAGGGCGCCAGAGCAGGUGGAUGACUUUGUCGAGGAAUGGGUGAGGCCAGCACUGCAGCCGUACGCGGAGGCGUUGAAGGACGUCAAGAAGGCGGAGCUGGCUGUUUAGGCGUGUGGCCGAGCAGAAUUUGUAGCACUAGGUGGGAGUGAGAGAGUGGUAUUCGCGAGGUGUAGAGCAAACAGGCAAUAAAGGAAGUCAAUAGAGCGUCGCAGGAGAUCUAGCAAGGCAGGGAGGGGGCGUGCGUCAUCGAGCUGCGAAGAGCAGAAUGCGCACAGAUUGUCGGACCACUAUCGCCCCUGCUCAUUCCGCAGCGAGGUCCCUUCUCCUCUUUCUACCUCCAGGCGAAGCCACGUACCCUGCUCCUCCGCCCCCUUCGAGGAAGGAGCGCAGCGCCGUCCUGUCGACUGUGGCGAUGUAGUACUUGCCUCCCCUCUCAGUCCAACUGACCAUGCCGCGCCCAUAAUCGCGCUCUUCCACGCGCAGAAUCGCACUACUACUAC